UUUCAAUCUCACCCGUGAAACCUUCACUUUCAGCCCAUCACUAUUGAUAUUUAUGUCGGGUAUAUCGAGCAUCAAUACCCCCCCCACUGAUCAUAUCAAGCUUGGAUUGCACUUCUAUCGCAAAUACAGAGCAUCCUUGAUGAAUUUGCAACAAUUAUUUCCGCGUCAUCGGAGUGGAGGGACUUGUAUUGGUGGUGGUCUUUGCUUUGUCGCGGUGAGAAGCUGAUCCCAUAAGUUUGGCUCAACAAGGCAACUUAUACCCAGGAUCAAGCACCUCGCUAUUCAUCGCGUAAUCCUUAUAUCUCUCUUAUAUCCAUGAGCCGCGCCUAAUUGACUCUAUUCUCGAACCUCAGAUGACAUUGCCAACUGUCAAUUUCUCUUGCCCCGCCAUGAUAAUCAUAUCCUAGAGCCUCUUAGAGCCUUAAGUACAGCAAAGCCUCGCAAUCUGUAGAUACGUACAUGUCCGCUUUACGAAGUUUAUAAACUUUGCUCUUUGCCGUUGCGCUCAGGCGCUUGGCAAUUCACCAGCUUCGCUUCGUUGCCAACUACAUUCUAUACAUUCUAUAUUAAGAAGACACGCUUUCACUAGCACACUGUCACUCUCGAUUCUUCUUCCCAUUAUUCUAUUAAAAUGGCCCAAGUUGCCCCGGGUCUUGUGCCAGACCAUAACGAACGGCCCUGUUAUAAUUGUGGUAUACGGGGCCAUAUGUUCACUGCAUGUCCUGAGGAGCCUCGGAAAGUGCCGGCUGGAUUAGAGGCCUCCUGGGCGCGACAACAGUCGAGCAAUAGUCCUCGUAAUGAUAGCUUCGUGUCCAACAAGCGAAGUAAAGGACCGGUAAUUACGCGCUACCCCCCUCCACCUCCUCUCGCUUCUUCUCACCCGACACCUCCAUUGCCUCGUUUCGAGAAUUCUCCGCCUCAGCCCUAUCAUUCGGGUCCAAUCCCGAUCCCGGGCUAUCCUCCGCCACCAUCUUACGGUCCUGGGUUCGGAAGUCAUCUGCCGCCGCCGAACCCAUCCUAUGAUAGGUAUGGACCUCCGGGACCACCGCCACCUGGCCCUCAUCAGCCAUUGAAUCCUCCGGUUUACCAAGGCGCCUACAAUUCCGCGUAUGGUCCACCAGGCCAUAUCCCCGGACCCUAUGAUCAUCACCAUCAUCAUAUUCCCCCUCCUGGACGUCCUAAUCAGUAUUUCCCCAAUGACUACCCCCCUGGUCCUCCUGGCCAGCCUAGCCAGUACCCGCCCAGUCAACAUCCCGUGGGUCCUCCGGGUCCGCCAGGUCCUCCGUAUGGCGCGCACCAGCAAUAUCCACCCGGGCCUCCACCACCACCAUAUGCGCCGCCGCCCAGUUUCGUACCUCCGCCUACCCCAUACGGGUUUCAGGGACCACCUCCGGGAUAUCAUCAGAGUGAGUAUAGCCCACCUCGGCGUGAUCCUCCGGCCAUUUUCCAACCAUAUCCACCGCUUGAUCCUUAUCCUCCGCAAUACGGGGAUGACAGAAAUCGCUACGAGCGCGGUCGGGAUCACCAGCGCCGUUACGAAGAUAGGCGUCCAAAUGAAGCUUGGCAUCCUCAAGACGCGUGGCACGGUUCGCCGCCAUCAAAUGGCCAACCGUAUAGAGAUGAAUACCGCGAUGACUGGCAUAGCAAACCCUCAUACCGAGAUGAUCGACCUUCUCGUAGGCGGGGGCAUGGUAAGUCUCAAGAUGAGCGGCGUCGAGAGCGUCAAGAUCGCCAAGACCGGUUUCAGCCUUAUAAGAAUUCAGACAAGUGGGAUAAACAUCACCGACGAAAGCACCAGCCAGCAACGACUCCAAGCGAACCAGUGCGCCGCGAUAGGAGCUCUUUGGAUAGAGAAACGCCAAUAACGGCUAAAACAGAUCAGGAGCCUGAGCCUGGCGAGAUAGUAUCUGAGCCAGCUUCUGCAUCCGACCAUGGUGACCCGGAGACAACCGUCGACACAACUAAAGAUGAGAGCAAUGAAGAUUUUACUUGGGAUGAGCGGACCAUAUUUCUAGAGCUCCCGCUAAGUAGCAAGGUAGACCCGAUUGCAGCACCUUUACCGGCGCAAUACUUCGAGGAUAUAAUGAUACCUCCAGCAUUCGACGCUAAGGCUUUGAAGUCGCGGUACAUCACGCCGCGUAACGUUGAUGAUUUUGCGCAAAGCAUCCGCGAAACUCGGGAUUGGCAGGUAAUGCAGCAUCAUCCUAUGUUUUUAGACCCGACGGAAAUUCGGCUUGAGAAGUUAGAUGAUUACAAUAAGGCAAUUCAGAAGGACCUGAAUAUUAAGGGCAGUCGCCGAGAUCGCUCUGGAAACUCAAACGACACUGGCAGACAUCGCUUCAACAAUUCGAAAGGACCAGGCCGACACCAGGGAAAAUAUCAAGAUUCACACUACAAAUCAGAUCAAAAGAAGAGGAGAUGGACCGAUUUCCACGACGACACCGAUGACUUCAAGUCAGAGAGGCGUCACCGUGAUUAUCCAUAUGAUGAUCCAUCCAACAAGAGGUUGAAAUUUACAUCGCCACCCGAACCCGGCGAGUUAGUCGAGGCCGAUUCUCAGCAACCCCCUUACACGCCCUCAAAGGCGCCUGUUGUACCUACGGAUGAUGCCAAAUGGACCCAAGGGCCAAAAGAAACUCUGGAUAGCCAAUCGCGACUUGAAAGUCUUGAUAAUAGGACCAAUGGAUCAAAUCAAGAAACUGUAGCCCAGCAUAUUAAUCUAUCGCUACCAGAUGAUCGGGAUAAGGCUAAUGCGCGGCCGUCAACACCGUUAGGCCAGACAGUGGACAUACCCCAGCCACAUAGCCGGCCAUCGAGCAGACAGAGUUCUAGAAGCGUCAACAGAAGUCGCCCAGCCAGCCGACGCUCUUCAUUCGGAACUGAUAUAUCUGAGUCUCAAGGAUCGCCACUUGAUCCUAUCGAACGCGAACUACUAGGGCUUGGGCGACCUUCAACCAGUGGCACGGAUAGUGGAGGAGAGUCAACAAAGAGGCAGUUGAGCGAUACAACGCCCAAAUUCAAGCGUCGACAACCUACGCUUGAGGCGUACUCGCGUCGUUGGUAACGAUAUAAUAUCGAAGAGUUUCACAAUGAUAAAGACAUUUGUUCUAUACGAAUCAUGGGGCCGUACAAGAUUUCCAUUCAAGGAUAAUGUGUUCUAAUGGGAGCUAAGACGCUUCUUGGAGUCCUUCACCAGCACAAUGAUGUAUGAGGUACGACUUGGUACGAGUAAGCAUCUGCUGCUUACCAACACGAUGACUCUAAUAUCAUACCCAUAGUAUACUAAAGUCACGGCUUGAAAAUUCAUGCAUAAAACAUAACACAGUUCCUAUUCUUAGGGGGGAGGGGGGGUAGAUGUACAUAGCGGUGGGGUGGAAGGCGUUUUCUAUAGGUGCAUUGGAUAAGGUGGGAAAGGUCUGCAAAGUCCCAAAGGUGUCCGGAGCCUUCAUGUUUUAUUUUCAGCGAAUGUAUGAUGUACCAAUACUGUAUACAGGGCCACGAGUGGUUGGCUGUACAUUCAUUGGAAAUUCAAACUGGGAACAAAGCCCAGGUAUAAUGAAUUCUGAAUUUCACAGCAGCUAGCUAUGUAUAAUUAGCUUGUAAUGACGAAUACCUAAAUUCUGUGGCAAUAUUAC